AUGCUAGAAUUGAAUUUACCGACCAGACUGACACGGAGGUAUCGGAUAAAGGCUGGCGUGCCGACGUUAAUUUUAUUGGACGGCACGAACGGCUCGGUGGUCACCCGUGGGGGUGUCGAACGGACCAUCGGCGAUCCUGCCGGGGCUGAAUUCCCUUGGAGGCCUCCGCAUCCGAAGGCUGCCCUCGAGGACGGCCCGUUACUACCAUGCGGCGCUCGCGACAGCAACGAGCCAAUGCUGCACGAAGAGCUCCGCCAUUGCUUCAAAGGCGUCUAUUUUAGCGCACACUGGUGCCCACCUUGCAAAGCAUUUACCCCCCAACUCGUGGACACCUACCAGCGAAUUCGGGAAAGGGGUCACGACUUCGAGGUGAUCUUCGUCAGUUCGGAUAGGAGUGAAGAAUCUUAUAACGUUUAUAUUGAAUCGAUGCCUUGGUUGAGGAUACCUUUCAGUCAGGAGGAAAGACGACGAAAAUUAGCGAGAGCCCUUGACGUACAAGCAAUACCAACUUUAGUGAUACUCGAUCCCCGGGAUAAUAUUAUAACUUUGGACGGUCGGGCGGAAUUGCUUGAGGAUCCUGAAGGGCUGAAUUUUCCAUGGACCAGUCGUUUGGUGAAUAUUUUAACAGAAAAAUAUGCCACUUCGUUGCACGAUGCACCAGCAAUUAUAUUAUUUGUAGAAGGUGAUGACUGUGAGAUUCAAUUCGCAGAAGGUGUGUUAGUGCCAGCUGCACAGACAUAUAGAAAAGACAGACCUGAUUAUGAUCCAAAUUACGAUGAUCCAGAUGAUAUUUUACAAUUUUAUAUAGCGUUAGAUGGUGAAACGUCAGAUAUCCUUCGUGAAUUCGUGGGUCUUGACGAUGCUGUGCCUCUCCUAACGGCGAUCGACAUACCACGAGGAGUGUAUGUAGUAAUGGAGGAUGGCGCCGAAAUAACUGUGGAUUCUGUACAACAAUUCGUAGAUGGGUUUCGUAAUGAUAAAUUACCUAUAAACAAAAUGGCCACAGUACACAAAACUGACAAAAACGAUCAUAUUCCCAUUUAAAUCUGAGCGAAUCAACGCGCGAGUUUUAUAUAAAUUAUUAAAGACCAUGCACGAAGGAUGGAGCAGUUAGGUUUUAAAGUGGUGAUUAUACAGCCACAGAAUAAAGAAACCCCAAUCCUCUCUUCUCGAUCCUAUCUCUGUGAUACCAUUGCUCCUUUGAGUAGAAAGGAUUUCCCGCGCGGAAGCGCGCUUUGUAUUCGUACACCCCUUGUGGACGUAACCAAAAGACAUGUAUUAUAUAUCAUAGUCAAUAAAAAUUGAGCGAAUUGUAUUUUUAAGUGUACACAUGCACACGAAUACGUUUAAUAUAUUAUAAUGUAUUACGUACUGAACGCCAAAUGAGCAUGCGAACGUAUCUUGAGGUACUACUAAGAAAAGUCUACGAUCGGA